AUGGCGCAUGUGCGUUUGGCGGGCGCAGCGGCUGUUGAGGCCUCACCGUCGGCAUCGCGUUUUCUUCGUGUGAACGGAGUGCCGCUGAAACUGUCACUUGCUUCUCGAUUGGGAUUAGUUUUCUUGGUGUUGCUCGUGAACACGGCAGGGCUAUCUGGUAAUCCGUGUUCCUUUGUGAUCCAAGCGAUAGCGUCGGAGGCAAAGGCAUCGGCGUGUGUUGAAGAAAGCGGGGGUAAGACAACGUGUACCUGCGUGUCGACAGAAAAUGAAAAUCCAAAGGAGCUUCAGGCAACGCUGUCGGCAACGAAAUCUGCGCUGCAGUUGGAGUGCCAAACGAAUCUACAAUGUGCACCAGACGGAUUGGACCAGCAACAGGUAUGUCCAGAAGGCACGAAAGAUUUGAAAGACUGCAAACGUAAGGGGGGGACGACUCAAUGUGUCAAUGUCACGAACCUACUCACAGGCAACACUGAGACAGUGAGGUGGGAAGAAGUCAAUGUCGACUCAAAGGACCCCAAGCCCAAGAGGCUAACUAUUCCCAAGGAGAACCUUCCAUACACCGACAAAAAGUUCAUAGUGGGUUGCCUCAAUAGAGGGGGAGCCCAAGCCAAAUGCAAGUUGACAGUGACGCUUGAGGCGAGAGAAAGUGCGACUGAAAACCAGACAGUCACAUGUGCGUACGGAAAGACCAGCAAUCCAACACACCAAACCAUCACGUUAAGCCCCUCGCAAAACAGCUUCACUCUGGUGUGCGGAAGCGAAGGAGAAGUUCUCCCGACCGAAUACCAGAACACGUACUGUGUUAGUCAGGCGGAAAAGAACGCCUCCGCCGAGUGUAGUGGCAAUUACACAGAAGUUAUCCCAGCGUACGAAAGCAACUGGUGGAAGGAAGACAGAAGCAGUCACUCGUUCACUCUGGCGAUUCCAGAGGAUGGUUUUCCGGAAGAGGCAACGAAUAUCACGGUUGGCUGCCAACAGAAGCGUGCUGACACAUCCAACAAUGCCCGGGAUGAGGCUGUAUCGGAUUCACCGACUGUUUGCAGCGUUGACGUGACGAUUGAAGGUGUCACUUCGUCGGCAUCCUCUGUGGGCACGGCUGGUGCAUUCUCUUUCCUUGGAGGUUUCGCUGCGUUGUUGACAGGGUUAGGGCCUGUGAUGUGA